UCAAGCAACGUCCAUUAUUCUUCUAGGAAGUUUCGAGAACGGGCACAAGAGCAGCAGUAUUAUAUUGGCAGAAUACUAUUCGGUCACAACAGUUCGUCAAACACUAUUACGUGGAGUGAGAGACGAUAGUUCACGGCACGCGGAUAUUUUCGUCGAGCGGCUUCCCUUCUGCUGAUACAGCUUUUUUUAUUAGCAGAUUAAUUACUGCUACAGCACGUGAAGAUCAUUGUAAAAGAGGAAAUCAGUAAAAAUGGUGAAGGAAACCACCUUUUAUGAUGUGCUAGGUGUGAAACCUGGAUGUACACAAGAAGAUUUGAAAAAGGCUUAUAGGAAACUUGCUUUGAAGUAUCACCCUGACAAAAAUCCGAAUGAAGGAGAAAGAUUCAAACAAAUCUCACAAGCUUAUGAAGUAUUAUCGAACCCUGAGAAGAAGCGAAUUUAUGAUCAAGGUGGAGAACAAGCUUUGAAAGAAGGUGGCAGUGGCGGAAAUGUAUUUUCUUCACCAAUGGAUAUUUUCGACAUGUUCUUUGGUGGAGGUUUUGGUGGACGAAAUGUCCGCAGGAGAGAUCGCAGAGGGCAAGAUGUUAUACAUCAGUUAUCUGUUUCUUUAGAGGAAUUGUAUAAGGGUACCGUUCGUAAAUUAGCUUUACAAAAGAACGUUAUUUGCGAUAAAUGUGACGGUAUUGGUGGAAAGAAAGGCUCCGUUGAACAAUGUUCAUCUUGUCAUGGCUCUGGCAUGCAAGUUCAAAUACAGCAGCUGGGACCUGGAAUGCUGCAACAUCUGCAGACCGUGUGUUCAGAGUGUAAAGGUCAAGGAGAACGCAUAAACCUGCGUGAUCGUUGCAAACAAUGUAGUGGGAGGAAAACCAUAAGAGACAGAAAGAUUUUAGAAGUUCACGUUGACCCAGGUAUGGUAGAUGGUCAGAAGAUUGUUUUCAGUGGAGAAGGUGAUCAGGAACCAGAUUACGAGCCAGGAGAUAUCGUGAUUCUACUCGAAGAGAAGGAACAUGAUGUUUUCAAGCGCUCACGCAACGACCUAAUCAUAAGGAUGCAAUUAGAACUCGUCGAGGCAUUGUGCGGAUUCCAAAAGGUAAUCCGCACUUUGGAUGCAAGAGAUCUAGUAAUAACUUCGUAUCCUGGAUCUGUAAUAAGGCACGGAGACUUAAAGUGCAUAUUGAAUGAAGGAAUGCCGACUUACAAAGAUCCAUUUACACGUGGCAGGCUUAUAAUUCAAUUUGUAGUGAAUUUUCCGAAAACUGUUGACCCGUCUGUUAUUUCGACUCUUGAGCAAUGUCUACCUCCGAGGGAAGAAGUUAUAAUUCCAGAAGGAGCAGAGGAAUGCAAUUUAAUGGAUUUGGAUCCAGAGCAAGAAGCGAGGCGAAAUCAACGACAAGCAUACGAGGAAGACGAAGGAGGACCUUCGCGAGUCCAAUGUGCCACACAUUAAUUUAAUUACAUCAGUCUCACAAUAAAUAUGGUCAUUCUUUCAUUUUAAACUUCUGUCCCAUUCGCUCGAUUCUGGAUCAUAUGUAUUAACAGGAGAAUGAAAAAAUGCGGACAUAUACAGUUCUUCGGGAAAAGAAAUGAAAAAGAACUUGCGAAAAAAUGUUUGGACACGUGCACGACUGUGAAAGUUACACAUGGAGAUAUAACUCAAUAACUACCACAGUUAUUGAGUUGAAUAGGAUACUAUUAAUGCUGUUAAUGGAAUCAUCAUCAUUACUUCUGAAUUAAACUACAUAAAUUCUGGUGAAAACUGGCCAACUGGUUACAAUUAGUUUAUCGCUUGUUGUAGAAAGUAAUAAAAAAAAAAUAAUGUACUUAUCAUUGAACGAAGUGAUAAGGAAACGAGAACUUGCUCGACAUCUAAUGUAACGUCGUGUAAUGUUAAUAGUCACAGCAAAACAUAAUCAAUUGUAUCAUGUAACGCUAAACAUUCUGAUUAUCUCUUGCUAUCCAAUUUCUUUAUAUUUAACAGUUCUCACCAUUACGCGCAUACUGAAUGCAAAAAAUAAACUUAGGCAGUCGAACUAAAUUAAUACUUUAUAUGUAUUCGUGUUACCUGAAGUUCUUUAAAUUGUAGUGUAUUUCGUUACAUGGGCUUUUCGAUAUAGAUAAAGUCCAUACUAGUAACAUGAUUAUUGUACAAUCUCUACGAGCUACGUUGAGACAUUUUAUAACAAACAAUUUUUGAUGCAUUCUCGAUCGUCAACUUUGACUUCUUUUUAAGCGGGACAUUAUUCCAUUAGGUGUAGCGUUUAAUUUACUCGCGAAAUAUGACUAUACGAAAAUAUUUUGCAUAUUAAUUCGUUCGUUCCACUGUGCGAAAGUGAAUUGCUGCGCAUGUUCACGAAUAUUGUUUAUUGUAAUAAAAAGAAACAAGAUUUCAGUGUUUAAUUAUAGUGAUGGAACUGGAAGUAUAGGCUAUUCCUGAAAAUUACUUUAAUUAAAAGUUUUUACGUAAUUUCUGGAAAUUUAUUAGAGAUAUACAUUUCGUUCCUUCAAGGCAAGUAAUGCGCGUAAAGAACCGUUUUUGUGAUCGUAAAUCGGCAUUAAAGACGUCUUCAAACAUUCACAUAAUUUACUGUAUGCAAGGUCACGUACACGUCCGCAAUUACUAUAGCGAAUUUCAAAUAGACGCGUAUUAUAAUCUUAUUUAUUAUUAGAUAAAUUGAUGAUUGAUUAGUACAUUUUUUGGAUCGUCUCGAAUAAAUUGGUAAAAGUAUAAUGUCAAGUA